AUGACUCGCUUAAUUUCACUCACAAGAAGUUUAACAGCAGUUGUCAAAGAUAUUUCGGUUAGUGUUCAAAAAACGGGUUUGUCGUUUAUAAGUUACUACUGUAGUAUUGUGAUAAUAAUGGGAAAAGUUUUUAAAUAUUUUGUGAAUUUUUCUUUGAGAUUUUUGUCUUUGAAAAGAGGCAAAGUUCGUCUGCAAAUGAAACAUGUUCAUUAUCAUUUAACCGCGUGACACCGAUAAGAAUCUCAAUAGCUUAAAAUUUCAAUUGAAAAAAAACUUUAGGAAUUUUUAUUGGAAAAAAAAGUUGGAACCGGAUAAAAAGUCUUAAUUUUACGAAACGAUAAAGGAAUAUGAGAGAGAGCUUGUUAGAUAUGAAGUAUUUUUUAAGCGUUUUUCCUCAAGAUUUUUUUCAGGAAUUCAAAAACUCGAUUUCCAAAUUGUAAAGCUAUAGAAUAUGGGUCCUGGUUCAAAUUUUUUCCCGAUGAUUGACAGUCCUGUUAGCUGUAGUAGUAGGGUUACAUCAGAUCAAUUAAGACACUACAGUAACGAGUUUUAUAGACAUUUAUUCAGCCAGUCUUCACUCUAAUUCUUGAGAUUUUUGAAGGUUCUACAAUUUUCUCUGUUCUUUUUGCUAAACAAAACGUAGUAGUCAUCUCAUCGAUCAGCAAAUAAAUUUAGAAUCUGCAAAAAACAUGUUGGCUGUUCUCUGAUCAUCACGUGAAUAACAUGCACAAAUAACACAAGUCGGGAUCAUCAAAAGGGUGAUCCACAAAAAAAGACGCAGAGAAACAAGAAAAUGAUCUUUAAAGGUGUUCGAUGACGUAGUUGGUCUCUUAGGUGGAGAAAUUGGUGAUCCACCAAUAAGAUAUGUAGAUAAUAGAGUUUGUGAUCUUUGAAUAUAUAUGAACUGUAUAGAACAGUUAAAUUUUUCUCAAUUGAUAUUUGUUCAACUAACAUCAAUGAACACUUUGUUUAAAAAUGUUCACAUGAUUUUCACAAUCACGAUUUUUAAAGAUGCAAACCAAUUUUUUUCUCUGUAACCGAAUCUUAUCAUUCGUUUUUUUUCAAAGAAGAACCCCAACUUCUGUUAUCAAUGUGUCUUUAAAGAUUAUAUGGCCGUUUUUUGAAAGACGCAAAUCUGGUUUUACGAGCGUAUUUUUAGAAUUGUGAACAUUGAUAGAAAGAUAACUGCAUGAUUUUUUGGUCUCACUUAGAUAGAUUUGAUAGACAAUAUAGAUUCUUUCGUUGACAGAUUGAAUCAAGUCUGAACAAUUGUUAUGGUAAAAUAUCAAACAAGGAUACUGUAAAAAGGAAGUGAAUAGGUUCCAGAUACACCGAGUAUUUUUUUAGCGUAAUUUUUGAAGAUGCCACAAUUUAUAACCAAGUAGACAAACCCCGAAAAGUUUGGUGACUAUCGAGUUGACAAGUUAGGUAGUAAAUAAAUCACACACUGUGCUGAACACCAAGACACCAAACAUCAAUUUUGUAAUUCAGCACCAAAGUGUAUAGUUUUGUUGACAUGUUGAUAACUCUUUAAAAAACAACACAUUUUUUCGAUUUUUUAAAGAUUGGGGUUUCCCAUUCACUAUACUUUUUGAUUAUCAGUAAAAACUUUGUACAGUAGGCUUGUUUUUUAAUAUAAAGAAUGCUACAAACUAUUCAGUAUAAGUAGAUUUGUUAUCAUGAAACGAUAAAUUAGGACACGGUAAUAAUAUUAGCAUAACCUUUUUAUGUGCAAAAACAUAUUAUGAACUAAAAGUGGAAAUUAUGAAAUCAUAAUAUUUUGAGACAAACUGCUUAAUUUCACGUGAACAAAUUGAACAUUUUUCGGAACUUCGCAAACUUCACGAUGUUCUAGAACAUACCAGAAUACACUUUAAUAAUAUUAUCCUUGUAUGUUCUAAAAUUUCAAAAACAUUGCCUGUGACGAAAAUUUUCCAGAGUUACUGGGUUUCACAGAAAACCCAAUUUUAUUAACCCGGAAUUUUCAUUCGAUAAUGUCGUGUGAAUAAUUUUCAAUAGCAAUUACAAUGACAUUUUCAUCACACUUUUCCACCGGAAAACGACAUUUAUUUUAAUUUUAAUCAAAGCACAACAUUUUGUGACCUCUUUAAAAUUAAUCUGUUCAUUCACUUCUCACGUGAUCUCAAAAUAUCAAAUUUUUCUGUUAUUUUGCUUAUCCAAAAUCACCCACACGCCAACAAACCAACUUCUCAAACUCCGCCCCUUUUUUGUAUGUUUUUCAUGUGAACAUCUUCAAAGAUCUAGGCUCCGCCCAUUUGACCACUCAAUAUAAAAGAGAUGUGCAAACAGCUCAUAAUCAUUAGCAAUAUCAUUUGCAGACUAAAAUGAAAUUCCCAACUAUUGCCCAACAUCAACCAAUUCCUUCAAUCAAGGAUAUCAAGGUUUCUGAAUCGAUCAAACAUGAAAUGAAAACGAUCAGAACUACAGUACCCCUUUGUCCAAGUACUUUCGAGAAAGUUAUCAAGGAUAUCGAUACAUUCAUUUUUGAUGCUGAUGGUUAGUUUAUUUAAAUAUUUCAAUAGAUUCUGAGACUUAUAACUGAAUUUCAGGUGUUUUAUGGCUUGGUGAAUCAGUAAUGCCAGGAUCUCCAAAACUAAUUGAUUAUUUGAUCAAAAAUGAUAAACAAAUAAUUGUUUUGACAAAUAAUGCAACAAAAUCUCGAGAAGUUUAUGCGAAAAAAUUGGCAAAAUUGGGAUAUAACUCAAAAGUAAUGAACAAGGAUAAUUUGGUAAAUCCAGCAGCAGUUGUAGCAGAUACAAUUAAAAGAAGUGGAAUGAAUUUGAAAGAUAAAAAAGUAUAUUUAAUUGGAGAACAAGGUUUGAGAGAUGAAAUGGAUGAAUUGGGAAUCGAAUAUUUUGGACAUGGAAAUGAAGAAAACAAAAAAGAAAUUGCUGAAGAUAAUGGAGCAUUUAUUUAUGAUAUCAAAUUGGAAAAUAAUGUUGGUUGUGUUGUUGUUGGAUAUGAAAAACAUUUCAAUUAUUUGAAAAUGAUGAAAGCUGCAAAUUAUUUGAAAGAUGAUAAUGUAUUAUUUAUUGCAACAAAUGAAGAUGAAACAUGUCCUGGACCAAUUGCUCAUGUUAUAAUACCAGAUGCUGGUCCAAUUGUUGCAUCAAUUAAAUGUGUUUCUGGAAGAGAACCAAUUACUGUUGGUAAACCAUGUACUCCUGCAUUUAAAUAUAUUCAAAGAAAAUGGAAUAUUAAUCCAUCAAGAACUAUGAUGAUUGGUGAUCGGUUAGUUUUUCACUUUUUUCAUUUUUAAUCUUUUUAUUAUUUUUAAUUUUACAGAACAAAUACUGAUGUUAAAUUUGGAAGAGAUCAUGGUUUAAAAACAAUGCUUGUUUUAUCUGGUUGUCAUCAAAUUGAAGAUAUUGUCGAAAAUCAAAUGAAUGAUCGUGAUGAUAUGGUUCCUGAUUAUGUUGCGCAAUGCCUUGGUGCCCUUGUUCCAAAACAUUUCUAA